AUGGGCUGCGCUCCCAGUAUCCACGUCUCUCAGAGCGGGGUGAUCUACUGUCGAGACUCGGAUGAAUCCAACUCCCCGCACCAGACCACCACCAUCUCCCAGGGCACUGCGGCCACGCUGCACGGACUCUUCAUCAAGACGGAUGCGGCCGAAACCAUCCCGUCGGUCAUCACGUACCAGAACCGACACUCACGGAACAACUCGUACCGUGGGGAGCGCAAGGACAACAGCGGAGGGCACUCCCGCAUCGAAGCGGAGACACAGACCAGCCAUACCAGCGUCAAGGUACGGCGUGUUCACUGCAUCAGGGCCGCCUGA